UCGUCUUCGUAUUAAAAGCAACUUAAAGACCGGCGAAAGUUAAUAGUUUGUAGACUACAAAUUGUAGUUGUCCUCGGCUUCUCUUCAUCGUCCACCACUGCCAUUAAUACUUCAUGGAAAGAAGAACCAGAUAAAAAUGGUUGUCAUUUUCCAUAUAUGAACAUAUUUAAGGAAAUUUAGUAAUUACGAGUAGGGUUGUGCGUGGUUUUAUCUUGAUACGAGUCACAUCGGGGGUGAGAUGGGGUCACGUCAAGUGGCCGUGGCCGGGACACCACAGGAGUCACAUGCCGUUAGGUCAAAGGCUGACAACUUUCAACAUGAACAUGACAAGUUUCUUGAGGACUUUGAAAAACCUACCGUGAUUUACCGAUUAAUAAGAGCAACAUUUCUUGCAAACCCCAGAUUCCUCUACCGGAACCUGUCUUAUAUGAAAAAUCGAGUGCCUCGCCCUCACAACCCCAACAGAAAAUUUAGCAGUAUAGACUCCUUGCUACAACAAAAAACAAAAUUACUAGAGGAUCAGAGAGUUAAAUCGAUUUUAACAAAAAAUUUAAACUUUUUAAAUAUAAUAGUAAUAGGAUUCUACGAUGGACAAACUUGGCUAUCGAACACAGAAGCCAAGGUGGACAUUCAAGUAAUCAAAAUUUGCGGAAACAAACGCAAAGAAAGCCAGGUGUCAUUAAAUAAAUCCUUCUCAGCAAGCUGUCGAAUCCCUGUGAAGACACAAACUGAAGAAGAGACGUACAAAGAUUUUUCUAUUUCAAUUCAGAAGGGAAAAUACCCAGUGCUAUCUAUCCCGAAGGAUUCUUUUAACAUAAUUAAUGGUCAUAUUGUCCAAUCUAUAAGACUGGCGGUCAGAGUUGCUAUUCCUGCUUCAAAAUUGGUCUCUAAAACCGAAACCACCACUGCCAAACAAGACUUGGUCAACGGUAAUGAGAAUAUUGAGCUUCAGGAUAAAUCUUCAAGUUGUAAGGGGAAUGGACGCGUGUCCCUUCCAGGCGGCGGCGGGCAUGGUGUCAGCCUUAGGAAGACGAAUGGAGCUGCUGAAUUUCCCGAUGACAACAAAACCAAAAGACAGCGAUCUUUGCCAACAAAGGAUAGAGAAAAUUUUGUCUACGAUGAUCCACAAAAAAAUGGAAAAAGUAAAGCCAACGACAGCGUCGUUUACGUCGGAGUGCUAACCGUUUAUGAUCGAGACACAAACAUUAACAUUCCAGACGAGGGAAAUUCUGAUUUGGAAAUGCGAUUGAAUAGACAAGAUCAAAAGAAAACAAUAGCCCAGAAAAGAGCUAAGCGAGAAAAUUCAUGGGAAGUGUCUCUACAGCCUGAUCACGCCAGAAUAAAAGAAUAUGAAUAUGGACUUCGAAAUAGACCCGGAUGGGGUUCUGCAAAAAUUGUGAUGGCAAUUCGAUCAUCCACGGACAAACUCCCAUCACAUGUAACAACGGUUGACCGCGUUGACCCUGUUAAACCAUCGCCAGUCAUCAAAGCAGAUUUGGAUGAUGAAAAGGACGAAAUGGAGGUUGUUCGAGUUGUAUACUAUUUUGUUCGAGGCACUGGUCCAAGACAGUCGACCCCAAGACAGACGACCGAGUGUCGCAACGACUCCGUAACAGGUAUAUCCAAACGAAAUGACUUGAGGUGUCCUUGGUGCUCCAUCAACUGCGUUAUUUUGUAUUCUCUAUUAAAACAUUUGGAAGUGUGUCACCCUCGAUUUAAGUUUACAUUCUCGAGAAUUGCAAAUGGAGCCAGAAUUGAUGUGGCCAUAAACGAAUCGUUCGAUGGAUCGUACACGGGAUCGGCUUAUGACUUGGUUGCACAGCCUCCAGGACAAGCAUUUGGUCGUUCAGUCCCUCCAGGAAAGAGAACACAACUUUUCUGCAUGCUAGCCUUUAGACCUAGGAAAAUGAAGCGUGAAAAGAAUUCUCUCCGAGAAUUUUUUGACAACGAAGACAAAAAUGCUGAUCAAAAUCGGAGUUACAUGAUUGGACAUAAUCGUCUCUAUCAUCAUACAACCACAUGUCUACCAAUUCAUCCUCGUGAAAUUGACGUGGAUUCUGAAGGGGAGCCAGAUCCAGAAUGGCUUAAAGUUAAGACUUGUAUGAUGAUUGAUGAAUUUACCGACGUCAACGAAGGAGAAAAGGAGAUUAUGAAAAUGUGGAAUCACCAUGUGAUGCAUGAAAACUAUGUUGGAGACUGCCAAAUACCUCUUGCAUGCAAAAAAUUUGUAGAACGUUACGGUUACAAAGUGAUACAAAAAAAUCUAUACAGAAACUUUGUUCUACAUCUUACGAAUUUGUAUGACUUUGGGCUAUUACCUGCACAGUCAUUUCACGAAACGGUACAAGCUUUGCAUGGCCAAAUGAAGGAGAAUAACUCGUCUAACGCACUUCGGGAUUCGUGGUCUUCAUCAAAUACACUGCUAGCGUCCAUAAAUUUUACUGCCGCCUUGUCAACCCCAUCUUCGAUAGCAAUGAUUGGAGGAGAACCCAUGGAUGUUGAUGUGAGCAGCACGUACCGUAAUGGAAUUAUUGCUUCCUCCGCUUCGAAUGGGUCAGAUAAAAACGGUUUGUGCUGAUCGUAACUCAUAAUGAAUACGUCAGUAUACAAGAUGUUAUACGUAGUAUAAGAUAAGAAAAAAGUGCAUGUUUUACGUUACAACAAACUUAUUAUGAAUAUUUCCCUACUUUUGUAUGGUAAAAUGUGCCUGCAAUAAGCAUGUAUAAAACUGAACCACAGUUUAAUGAGUACGUGUUUAUUUGUUUUUAAAGUUGAUGUGCACUAGCAACUUGUUUUAAUCAAGCAUAAUACAUACAUUAUACUUUUUAACUUAUUACAUAAUGUUUUUUAAUCCUCCCUCUUUGGUACAUGAAUUGUGUAAUGUUAUUGUACUGAGAUGAGGAGUCGUGGAUAUGUUUGAGUUACCACACCACAUAAUAAAACCCUGCCGCACAACUUGUGGAGAAUAGUUAGUUUUUGUAAUUUAUUAAAACUAUAAUAGCAAAUAUAUUGGUAAAUGUUAAGGCAAUUAUGACAAGACCAAUUACGAAGUAGCAUAUAACAGUAUGUUCUUACUUUUCUAAAAAAAAUAUGUAUAUCAUUAUCAUGCCACAUCACUCACGUCUUUCCGCAACUUUGACACAAAUAUGUUUAAAAAUAAAAUUAUUUCAAACCUA